GGGGCCGCGAUGUCGUCCCGACCCAGGCGCGAUGACGCGGGGGCAGGGGGCGCGCGGCGGCCGCGGGAGCCUCCGGAGCAGGAGCUGCAGCGACGCCGGGAGCAGAGGCGGCGGCGGCACGACGCGCAGCAGCUGCAGCAGCUCAAGCACCUGGAGUCCUUUUAUGAAAAACCUCCUCCUGGACUUAUCAAGGAGGAUGAGACUAAGCCAGAAGACUGUAUACCAGAUGUCCCAGGCAAUGAACAUGCCAGGGAAUUUCUGGCCCAUGCACCAACCAAAGGACUUUGGAUGCCACUGGGGAAAGAAGUCAAAGUCAUGCAGUGUUGGCGUUGUAAACGGUAUGGUCACCGAACGGGCGACAAAGAAUGCCCUUUCUUUAUCAAAGGCAACCAAAAGUUAGAACAGUUCAGAGUAGCACAUGAAGAUCCCAUGUACGACAUCAUUCGAGAGAAUAAAAGACAUGAAAAGGAUGUAAGGAUUCAACAGUUAAAACAGUUACUGGAGGAUUCAACAUCAGAUGAAGAUGGGAGCAGCUCCAGUUCCUCAGAAUGUAAAGAGAAACACAAGAAAAAGAAGAAGAAAGAGAAGCAUAAGAAAAAGAAGAAAGAAAAGAAAAAGAAGAAAAAACGAAAGCAUAAGUCUUCCAAGUCAAAUGAGAGUUCAGACUCAGAAUGACAAGAGCUUGACUUGUUCAACAUUCUCUUCUCAAAAAUCAAACACUGUGGCCAAAGAUCAGAGGAAUAUGGAAUCAGAGAGGAAAGGAGAGAGAGACACCAAGAGAGGAGGAGAUUUGGUGUCACAGGUGUGAAAUCUCACCUACCUUCCAGUAAAGAUAUGACCCCGAGGAGAGUGACUGUAUCUUGCCAGGUGCUAGCUCUGGACAGAGGCUGAUUUCAGGCUGGAAAGCUUUUCUCAUUGUUCUCCUCCCUGCUGAUCACUGUGGGUCCUGAUUCCUUAGAAAUGCCUCUGGCAGGGUGGCCAGACUAAGGGAAUCUCUGAGGAAGCUCCUCCAGGUGCUGCCGCAGCCUCCACCCUCCAUGGUGGGGCUACUUAAUGCCCUUAGAUUUCAGGCUUGACUUUCCUCUGUUGUCGAGGAUAAUAAAAGCUCGUUAUUUAUUUUUUAAA